AUGCCUCGCAUUCUACUAGUGGUUGUUCAGCUCGCUUUCGCUAUGAAGAAAGAUCAUGUCACCACCGACGAGGAAAAGGGAUCAUCCCCGGCACCUGUGCUGGCUGCUGCCCUUCAUUCUAUUCAACUGUCUGAGGUGGCACCCGUCAGAGAGCUGUCGUUUAUGCAGGUCUCGUUGGAAGUGCAGAGUCGCUCUCCCAGGAGCCACGGAGAGCCCGCCGUGGACUUCAGCAAAACCCUGACAGACGCAACUGAUGCUGCGCUGGAAGCUGCGCAGGAUGCAGGCAAAUCGGCGGUGCACCUAUCGGAGGUCGCCUCAGAAGCAGCCCACGCAGCGGCACAGAUUGCCGUCACGUUGCAGCGGCUCGGCAUGCGACGGAUUGGCGUGCUGGAGCCUAGCCUUUGCCAUCGCGUCAGGCCUGGCCAAGCAAUGCAACGGCUGUCCAGGUCUUUGGCGACAAAGCUAUCAGAAGAAUAUGCCGCCUCUGCUUCCGCAGCAACACAGUGCCAGCAGUGGCUUCCGAUGCUUCCCAUCGUCCGGCGGCAUCCUGAGUGUGGUGGCGGUUGUGUCGUGCGAAGCGGAGAAGUCAUCAAUCGCACAAGCCAGAUGAGAGACCUGGCAGAUUUUCUCCGAUUGCUCGAGGAAGCCGUGUGCACCAAGUACGUGCUGCUCCGAGUGGCCUUCCUGUGCCUCGGCGGCAUCGUCUCCCCAGCCCAGCGGUGCGGCAUUCUUGAACUGAAGGUUCAGAGCACCUCUGUGUGCAAGCAGGCUUUGAAGUCCCAAGUGAAGAGGUUCAACAUGGCGCACGAGCGGUACGAUCCAACACUUUCGGCGGGUCAUCCUGAUUUGUACGAGCCGGGAUCCCAUGUGACAUGUUACACAGCACCGUGUCUUGUGAGCAACGAAGCUGAGUGCGUUUGUCAAGAAGCCAUCAAGGCUCCAGGUUACAAAGAAGCCUGUUGCCAGUGCUUUGAGGUAGUAGUGCGGUGA